AUGGGAGAUCAGGACAUAGGUUUGGAUUUUGAGAUUGAGCCUCGGGUUGGUAUAAUAUUUAAUUCAGAGAUCGAGGCUUACAAAUUCUAUAAUUCCUAUGGGGGAAGGAUGGGUUUUAGUGUGAGGAGAGACUAUGCACAUUGGAGCAGAACUGAUAAGUCAAUCCUAACUUCAAGGAAAUUCGUAUGUAGUAAACAAGGUUUGAGGAAAAAAGACAAACGAGAUGCUGAUACAAAGAUACCGAGAGCAGAGACAAGAACUAAUUGUAAUGCACGGAUGGGAAUUGUGCGUAUUGAUAAUGGACAAUAUCAAUGUAAUAUAUUUAUUGAAGAGCAUAAUCAUCCUCUACAUUUAUCGGCUACAUUGCAUAUGAUGCGGUCGCAACGGAAAGUUUCAGAUGCCCAUGCGAUAGAGAUUGAUUUAGACGAUGAUUCUGGAAUAAAACCUAAGGCCAUAUUUAAGUACAUGAGCAGGCAAGCAGGUGGAAAAGAAAACAUUGGGUUUAUCAGACAACAUCAAAAGAAUUACCUCCGAACAAAACAUCAGCGUGACUUAUCAUAUGGUGAAGCUGUUAGCUUUGAUACGACAUUUUGUACUAACAAAGAAUAUAGGCCAUUCGGUUUUGAGGCUUUCUUGAAAGUCCAUGGGCAAAAGAAGCCAUUAACCAUUUUUAUCGAUCAAGAUGCUGCAAUGGGAAAUGCGAUCUCUGAGUACGAGGAAGUAAUAGAGUUUGAGAAUGCAUGGAUGAAAUUACGUAGUGAUCAUCUAGUUACAAAUUCUUCGUGGUUAGAACGUAUAUAUGGACUUAAAGAGAAAUGGGCUAAGUGUUAUAUGAAGAAGGCUUUCACCAUAGAGUUUGAUGCAAGAAAUAAAACUCCAAGAAAUAUCUUUCCCAUGUCACCCAUUAUGAACCAAGCGUUAGAAAUUUAUACUCCUAAAAUAUUUGAAGAACUUCAACACGAGUAUAUUUGGAUUACUGCUUGUUCUAUUAAAUUUCGAAAUGAGAGUGCUGCCAUUCAUAACUACAUAGUUGCUGUUGUUGACAGAGAAGGGAAUUUCAAUGUUGAGUGUAACCCAGUUGGCCCUACUAUUGCAUGUAGUUGUAGGAAGUUUGAGACUUUUGGAAUUCUAUGUUGCCAUGCUUUGAAAAUAUUUGAUGUGCUUGAUAUCAAGUUCAUUCCUGCAAAUUAUGUAUUGAGGAGAUGGACACGGGGAGGAAGAAGCAUGAUAGUGAAAGGUGAUGACGGAACCCAAGUUGAAAAAGAUGUUAACCUAGAUUGUACACAACGUUAUAGGCUUCUUUGUCCUAAACUAGUGAGAAUAGCCUCAGAAGCAUCAAAUUCGUCUGAGGGAUAUGCAUUGGUUGACAGAGUUGCUAAUGAUCGAUUUGUGUGCAAAACUUCAAAAUCUUGCAGUCGAUGCCCCUUCAAUAACUGUCUCAAGGGAGUACUUUAA